CCGGGAAUCGAUUACGUUAUUUUUUAGUAGUCGAGCGGUGGUGGUACGACGAUCCCCCUCUAACAGCAAAACAACGCAUUUCUAGUGAUUUUAUCACCCCAACGAAGUCUUAAGGUUCUUCAAGGGCUAAAAGGAUAAAUUUGAGAGAGGUUGCAGCAAGGUUUCCAUCAUGCAUGCGGGAUACAACGAGAUGGGUGAUGCGGAAAAAUAUGGCGCUGAUGAUCCGUUUGCUGAUAAUUCGAUGGCGUUUAGUGACAUUUCCAUACGUGCAGGAUUCAUACGAAAGGUUUACUCCAUUCUGCUAUGUCAACUGGCAGUUACUAUUUCCUUCAUAUGUUUCUUCCUUUAUUGUGAACCAGUAAGGCUAUAUGCUGUAUCACAUCCGGGAAUAUUCUAUGGCGCACUGGCUGUUACAUUUGUGACCAUGAUUGCAAUGGCAUGCUGUGAGGGAGUAAGGAGAAAAUUCCCAACAAACCUGCUUUUCCUGACACUUUUCACCCUCUGUGAAGGCUACCUACUAGGGGCAGUUUCAAGUGUGUACAAGGCUGAUGAAGUGCUUAUGGCAGUCGGCAUCACAGCUGUCGUUGUCCUCGCUAUUACUAUCUUUGCAUUCCAGACAAAGUACGACUUCACAAUGAUGGGUGGCUUCCUCUUUGUUGCACUUAUCGUCCUUAUCUGUUUUGGAUUUCUGGCAAUCUUCUUUCACAACCGGGUUGUCCAAAUCGUCUAUGCCUCCUUGGGAGCGCUGCUGUUUGCUUUGUACCUGGUGUAUGACACGCAGAUCAUGAUGGGAGGUGGAAAGAUGUAUUCCAUCUCACCAGAAGAGUACAUCUUCGCUGCUCUGAACCUUUACUUAGACAUUGUCAAUAUGUUCCUCUACAUACUCCAGCUCAUUUCGGCUGCUCGCAACUAACAAGGCUGCUACCAGUUUAUAGAUAUACACCAGGUACAUGUAUUUUUAGGGCGUGGCUUGCUUUCUAUAUAUAGAUACAUUACCUGGUACGUGUAGUUGUUAGGGUGUGGCUGCUACCAGUUUAUAGAUACAUAACCAGGUGCUUGUGGUUAUAAGGGUGUGGCUGCUAAUGCGUCAAUGCUGCCAGUAUAUAGAUAUACCACUUGUUUAUUUUAUUCAUUAGGGCGUGGAUGCUCCAAUGUAUUAGAUAUCACACAAGGUCCUUUUAUUCAUUAGUGCGUCACUGUUACCAGUAUAUAUGUAUAACACUGCACCAUUUUAGUCAUUAUGGCAUGGAUGCUCCAGUGUAUUAGAUAUCACACAAGGUCUUUAUAUUCAUUAGUGCGCCAAUGCUACCAGUAUGUAGAUAUAACGCUUGGUCAUUUUAGUUAUUAGGGCGUGGAUGCCGGCAGUGUAUAGAUAUAAUAGUGCGUCAAUGCUACCAGAAUUUAGACAAUAACAAUUGGUUAUUUUAGUCAUUAGGGCGUCAAUGCUACCAGAGUAUAGGUGUAACGUUCGGUCCUUUUGGUUAUUAGGGCGUUUGUGCUACCAGUAUAUAGAUAUAACACCCGGUCUUUUUAUUCAUUAGUGCGUCAAUGCUACCAGUGUUUAGAUAUACCACUUGUUUAUUUUAUUCAUUAGGGCAUGGAUGCUGCCAGUGUGCAGAUAUGAUGCUUAGUCCUUUUGGUUAUUAGCGUAUGGAUUCUACAGAUUCUACAGUACUAGUAUAUUGAUUCGCCUGUCUGUUCGAAUCUGUUGCUUAUACCAACUAACAAGGCGAGGCUGCCGCUAUUAUAAUAACUAGAUCAUUAGUGUUUAUUAGGGCAUUUGUGAUACCAUUUUAUGACCACGGGGAGGUACUCAGCGGUCCAACAGAGGCCAAAAAAUCAAACCCAAAAUAAUACACUUCAAUUCGAACAUGGGUAUUUGCUUUAUUAUUUGCUAUCCGCUUUUCUGUCUGGACACCGCCUUUAAGGGAAUUCCCUAUCGUCUGUUUUGGCCGCAUUUCAAUCUUGAACAAUUUCACGCAAACUCAAAAGAUAGGAUAGGUAACGUACCAUCGAAAAAUUGAACCAGGUAUGGGUACGGCUCUUAUGGACCUUAAAUAGCGAAUGUUCCUAAAUGGAUGUCCUCUUAUGGACCUAUUAAAUAACGAAUGUUCCUAAA